AUGGCAAUUAAAGAAGAUAAACAUGUAAAGAUAAUGUUUAAUAGGAUCCAGAAAAUGCCCCAAGUAAAUGCUGCUGAGUUGUAUGUAAGUUUGGAGGCUGGUGUAGACAACACUACUGAGGUGGUGCAACAAACAACUACAGCUUUACAAUUUACAGCCCUAGAUGAUGGAUGCACUACAAUGGGAGGGUAUGCAAUGGGAGGUUAUACGCUCCCAUCUCAAGAUUAUGUUGCGAAUACUGGUGAAACCCUCUAUUCUCAAGAGACACAUUUAGAGGAGGAAGACGAAGACGAAGACGAAGAUCAUGCUGCGAAUGAUGGUGAAAAUAUUGAUGAUAUGGAUCAGUACGAAGAGAGGAUUGAGCAAGGCGACUUUGAGAAUGAUGUGGAUGAGCAUGAAGUCAUUCCUAAUUUUGAAGAGGAAAAUAUGGAAUACGACCACUGGCUACAGACCUCCUGCGGACUCAUUCUCUGCAAAUACUUGGGAAGAUAUGAUGCGGUGAAGCGUGCAUUGAUAAUAUACGCAGCAAAGGAUAAUAGAAAUUUCUCCAUCCAAAGGUCGACCAGAACUCAAUUGUGCGUCGCGUGCGUUGACGACAACUGCAAGUGGUACGUUGGGGCAUACAUGAAGCCUAAAUUCAAUGGUCUGUGGAUGGUCGCAUCUUAUGUGGGUCCACAAAGUUGUAUACCCUUUGGGCUACGAAGAGACGGUAAAAUGAUGGAUUCUACUUUUGUUGCAUCAGAAAUUGUGGGAAGAUUGCGACAAAAGCACACUACUCCUAUUGAUGAGCUUUGGGAGAUCAUACGUACUAAGUAUGAUCAUGAGCUUUCUUACUAUAAAGUAUGGGACGCAAAACAAAAGGCAAUUGCUAAGAUUUUUGGGGAUUGGGAGGAGUCUUACCAAAGGUUGCGAAAGUUGUUAUUGGCAUACUUGGAUCAGGAUUCGGGUACCUAG